CAAAAAUUUCUAACCUUGAAAGAUGAUUUAAAAAUUUCAUGCAUUAUUACAUCCAAAUCAACAUAAUUAUAAAUGUUUCAAAACUUAAAAAGACUACAAAUUAUAAAGAAACAUUAUAAUACCGUAAUUAUCUAAUCAUACAUGUUUACAUUAGUACUUAUUAUGACAUUGCAAGAUUCCUGAAAGUGAAUUGUUGCUUUAUCUUGAUCCUUUUAUCAAAGAAGCACCAAGUUAACUUGUACGUUAUUUUAUUUACUUAGUUAUUUAUAUUAUUACAAGAAUAAUGGCGACUGUGAAAAGACUGCCUAGUUGCAUUCAAAUUCCUUUAGAUGAAGAGGAACUGAAAGAUUUAGUUUCGAAAACCAAAGAUUGGGCUAUUAUGCAUGGGGUAGGUAUACGAUCAAAAACUGCUUUUAGUGAAGACUCUCUUAAUUUUGCCCCUUUUGUACUGUUACCCACAACGUUUCCAAGAAAACAGUUUGAAAAAGCUGUAGAAAUUCAAACAACUCUGAACGAACUUAUGCAUAGAGUGGCUCAUAAUAGAGAGUUUUUAAGGGAGACACUUAGAGAAACCAUACAAGUCGAUGAAUUCACAGGGAAUUUAUAUAAAAUUUGGGAAACCGUACUAGACGAAGGCGUAGCUCAGAAAACUUGUCUUGGUCUGGUCAGAUCUGACUACAUGAUACACAGCACCGAGAUCAGCAGUAUUAAACAGGUCGAAUACAACACGAUAUCUGUAAGUCUAGCUGGCGUAGGCAACGGAAUCUCCCUGUCUAAUAGGUAUGUUCUGGAAGAAUUAGGACAUUUUGAUAAGCUACAUAACCUCCCUGAGAACAAUGCUCUCACAGGCAUCACAUUGGGUCUCUUGGAUGCCUGGAAAAUUUACGGUGACCCAAAAUCAGCAGUUCUUUUCGUCGUGGAAGACAUAACCUAUAAUAUCUGUGAUCAAAGGUUUCACGAAUUUGAGCUCAAACGAUUGAAUCCCAGAGUGAAAGUUAUUAGGAAAACUCUAACAGAAAUUCAUUUUGAAGGUGCACUGUCUUCAGAAAAUGAACUUCUUGUGAAUGGUAUUGUAAUCAGUGUGGUUUACUUUAGGUCAGCAUAUACUCCUGAUCAGAUUCCAACAAAAAAAGAGUGGGAUGCUAGACUGCUUAUUGAAAGGUCACUAGCUAUCAAGUGCCCGUCUAUACAGUACCAUUUGGCUGGUACGAAAAAAGUACAGCAGGCUCUUGCCAAACCGGGCGCAAUAGAACUGUUUUUGUCCGAAUCGAAGAAAAUCGAAGCGGUUAGGGAGGUUUUUACCGGACUAUAUGGCUUGGAUUUCGACGAAGCUGGUGACCAGGCAGUGCAAAUGGCCUUGGACGACCCGGAAAGGUACGUUUUGAAGCCACAACGCGAAGGAGGCGGCAACAAUGUCUAUGGAAAGGAAAUUAGGGAUACCUUGUUGGCGAUGAAGGAUUCCCGAGAACGUACAGCCUGGAUUUUGAUGGAAAGAAUAAGGCCGCCUAUAUCUACAGGGUACAUCGUAAGAGCGGGUAAUACAAACCCACCACCUCUAGUUGAAAUGGUAUCGGAAUUGGGAAUAUUUGGAGUUGUUAUUGGGGAUUCCCAAAAUAUAUCAGUGAAUCGACAAGUAGGUCAUAUGCUUCGGACGAAAGUAGCCACAGCUGACGAAGGCGGUGUCGCAGCAGGGUUGGGGGCCUUGGACAGCCCUUAUCUUAUCGACAUCGAUUAGUAGAACUACUUAUUAUACAGGGCGGUUGAGAAGAACGUCGAGAAAAUUUUAUGAGCCACCCUGUAUACACAGCCACGCAUUCGAAAAAUAGUAUUUUUGUCACGUUGUUUUUUAUUGUUAAAUAUACAUCACAGUUUUAAAUUUAUAGAAUAUAUAUUUUAUAAAUAAACGUUUUU